AUGUCAGCAGCUACAGAUCCGAAACAGGAUCUGGGUGACCUCGAUGAGUUCGACGGCUUUGUCCUGGCAGAUGUUACCCCAAAACUCGAAAAAUGGUGGUUUCAGUAUCCACACCUACUCAAACUGAAUCUUCUACUAGUUUGUGCCUUCUUAGCUCAGUUUACAUGUGGGUUCGACGGGAGCAUGAUCAACGGCAUGCAGUCCUUGCCUUCGUGGAAAGCUGCGUUUGGUAACCCGACGGGUGCAAAGCUAGGCACUCUGGUUAACGCUAUCAACAUUGGCGUUUUGCUUUCCGCACUUUUCUCCUCCCAGCUGUGCGAGAUCCUUGGACGCAAAAAACCCAUCACCAUUGGUACUGCCUUGAUUACGAUUGGCUCUGUUCUUCAGGGUGCAGCGCACAGCUUGGGAAUGUUCAUUGCUGGCCGCCUUAUCAUCGGUUUGGGUACGGGGAUCGUGGCCGUCGCUGCUCCUCAGCUGAUGACGGAGGCCGCGUACCCAACCCAUCGUGGAAAGAUCGUUUCUCUUUAUAUGACACAGUGGGUCGUGGGCUACUUGAUAGCGGCUUGGACUACGUUCGGCACGUUCAAGAUGGAUUCUUCGUGGAGCUGGAGACUACCUAGUCUCUUGCAGGGUGUUCCGUCGCUCCUACAGCUAGUGAUCAGUAUCUUUGCACCAGAAUCUCCUCGUUGGCUUGUUUUCAAGGACCGACAGGAAGAGGCUAUGAAUAUGCUCGCCAAAUAUCAUGCGGGUGGCGAUCGUAACUCGCGACUUAUCCGCUUCGAAAUGCUUGAAAUUCAAGCGACGUUGGAAGAGGAAAAGAAAAAGAAUGCUAUCCAGUGGGUCGAGUUUAUUCGUACCAAGGGAAACCGCAAGCGUCUAUGGAUUUUGUUAUUCAUUGGCUACGCUGCCCAGUUGUCAGGCCUUGGUCUGACCGGAUACUACCUCUCCAAGAUCCUUGAUAGUGUCGGCAUCACAGAUGCACGAACUCAGCUCCUCAUUAACGCUAUAGCUGCUAUCUGGCAGCUAUGCUGCUCAGUCUUCUUCGCUAUGCUUAUCGACCGUUUUGGCAGACGAGGAUCGAUCACUUUCGGCAUGACUGUCAUGCUUCUUGUCUUUAUUAUUUGGACGAUUUGCUCGGCUAUUAACGAGCAGAAGAACUUUACAGAUCACCCUCUUGCACUGGCUGUUGUCGCUAUGAUUUUCCUGUUUCAGGUUGGCUAUCAACCUUUUGCUAUUGCCACAGUGCCCUAUGUUGUGGAGUGUUCUCUUUUCUCUCUCCGAUCCAAAACAGCUAUGAUUUUCCAAUUCUGUGGAUACACAGCUAGCUUUUUUACAGGAUAUGUGAACCCUAUCGCCAUAGACAGCAUUGGUUGGCGCUACUACAUAGUCGCCUGCGUCGUUCUGGGUCUUGAAUGCGCCUUUGCGUGGUGGUAUUUGCCAGAGACCAAGGGCAAGGGCCUUGAGGAAAUUGGCGAGAUAUUUGAUGGCGACGAGCUCUUGACGGGUGUCCAGGCAAUUAGCAAACAUCGCAAGGAGCAGCACGCCGCUGCCAAUCUCCGCGAGAGGAAGACUUUUGUGGAUCACGUCGAAGUCAGCAACAACCCCUAA